UGCCGUCUCCAGGGGGCCCCACCAGCCUCUGGGAUGAGCCAAGGGAGUGUCUUGAGCUUCCAGGCCCUCCGAGCUCUCUCCAGACUGCUCCAGAGCUGCUGCCGGCAGGGUUUGAGAGAACUGCCCUCUUCCCCUAGGAUUCCAUCACAGGCUCUAGGGAGAGCCUGUGGCCAGACCAGUAGGUUGAAGGAAUCCUGGAGGCCAUAGAGGCCGUGGGCUCCUGGUAGAAUUCCUGCAGAAGAGGAGAAUGGCCCCAGCCUAGAAUGGACCAGCGGCAUUUCUCCCAGGGCAGAUUCCUGCUGCCCGGGUGGCAUCACUCCAGGGAAGACCCACAAACCAUACCGUGGUUGUGUGAGAGAGUCGGGGCUCCUGACAUCUCCAGCUCCCUUUCCCACGGGGCUCACGCUAGGCCUGGCAACAGUGGUUCUGCUCUGGCCCCAGGCUCUGGCCUAGAAGUGUAUGCCAGAAGGGUCCUGAAAGUCUAGCCAGCGAGAACAGAGAACUGAACAAGGGUGGCCACACAGUUGGGACCCAGGCUCGUGUGGGUCCUACUCAUGGAUAUAUGUUAGGAGAAGGGUCCAUUCUGUCUUCGGUACCACUUGGUGGUCUCUAUCUGGGACCCAGAGGUGGUGACAGGAGAUUUAGAUCUGGUUGGGGAAACAGGGAUGCCUUCACAGACCCAGGGGCCCAGCCACAUCAUGGGUCAGAAGCCUCGUCGCUGUGUCGUUCUGUGAGUCUCGGAUGGGUUUCUUGGGGACUGAUGGGGAGACAGGAGGUGGGGACAGCAGGGAUGUCUCAGGGAGUUGGAGCACGUGAGGAGGAGCUGGUUGGAAGUGGGGAGUCACAGGAGGUCCCCUGUGUCCCUCUCUGUGGCCUCACGGCCACCUGUAUGUCCUGGGAGCGGCAGCUGGCUUGCAGGGCAGUUUGGGUUCAUCCUCUUACUGAGGGGUGCAGCUGUCCCCACUACCGCCGGACAGGUGCAGAAUCAGCACCCACACAUUGCCUCCUCUUAUACAAGCUGGUCAGCCAUCCCUGAAAGCGGCACAGGAAGUUGGGCUUGACACUCCCAGCCGCCUUCUUCUCCCUUGUCCCAAAGGUCCAGGUCAGCUCGACAGUGUCUCGUAUCCCUUAUGCUGAGGACUGCUUCUGCUCAGAUACAGACUGGGCACUCGAGAGUAGGCCUCCCCAGCCCUGCCCAGUCCUGCCCUCUGCCUCCUUACAAGGCUCACACCUGCCACUGCAUAAAUGACAGAGAAGAACAGACAUGGGCUGUGAGGGCCCAGGUGGAAUGGAAAGGACACAUGAGUCUUCAGAGGGGACAGGGCUUGGUUGAGGGCACCUGGAACAAGCGGGCACAAGCCUUGCAGAGAUGCUGUUAAUGGACAGCACAGACCAGACCCUGUCUGGGUCUUUGCGUGGGUCACCGCAGCCAGGUCCAGGCCAGCUGAAAGAGUGUGUCUGAUGCAUCCUGGUGUCAGGCUUUUGCACUGUCACUUGCAGGGCUCCAGGAACCAUGGUAUAGAGAGCUGACCUGUCCCUUGUUGCCUCCCACUUCUGAGCUUUUGUUUGGGGAAAGGGCUUCCCCACAGCCCCUUAGAAGACAUUGUCUCAUCUCAACUAACUAAGCCAUUGUUUAGCAUGCCAGAGCUGCUGAUGUGAUUUGAUUGGGGAUGGAUCUGGGACAUCACAGUUUUGCAAGCUUUUUAUCGUGACUCUGAUGUGGCCAUUCAGGCUGACAGCCAUUGCUCUGUGCUGGUGGUCCUGCCCCAGUGGUGAACGGAGACCAAAGCAGGGCAAAGUCUUGCUCAAGUUCAUGUCAUCCAAUGCAAAAUGAGGACUGGGGCCCCAUGUCCCUGGACCUACAAACCAGGCUUCUUGAUCUGCAAGCCAGGGUUCUCUCUGCUAACACACAAGGGACCAAAGAGAGCACGGCUUCUUGUGGCUGUGGGUGGGUGCAGUGGCUUGGAGUCUGCUCCUCCCGCCUUGUUAGCAUGACUCUGUCCUGUUGUCCCUAGCCUGUCCUGACCCCAAGCGGCUCCUUGGUGGUCUUAGCGGAUGUGUCCUGGCUUGGAAAGGUUCCAGGAUCCAGUGGUUGUGUUGUGUGUGGCUUUGCUUUUGGUAGCGCUUGCUAAUUUACAGGCACACUUAGUUGUGCUCUCAUAGACCAGGGGUUUGGGGGUGAUUUGAUGGAUAGAUGUCUUUAUGAAACUAGUGGUGGGCCAGGCAAGGGGUAGGUAUUCAUGUUUUGAGUGUUAACCUAUGCAAGCUCUGUGUUAGGUGCUCCGCGUGCAGUAAUUUUCAACCAAGGGCUGUUUUGUGCCUUCGGGGGGCACUUGAGACAUGUGUGCCUUUGGCGGUGCUUUCCAAACACUCUAGAUGAGCAGAGCUUCAUGCAUGGGUGCCCCUGGUUUGCACUGGGGUAAAAGGUAAGCGUGUUAUUGGACAUUCCACGUUGUACAGUAAUCUCCUCGUCUCCUAACACAGACUCUGUGAGCGCCCACAGGGGCAUAAUUAAGGCCCUACAGGGUUCACCCUAGUUUUACAGAGGCCCCUGUGGUCCCCACCCAAGGAUAGUUGCAAGUCUGUCUGAAUGCAAGGCCUUGUCCUGAGCUGGGUACCAGAGCCCCCAACUUUCCUUUAUCUGAGUACACUCUAUUGGCUGAGAGGAGAGAAAAAAGGCAGGAGGAACUGAGUACUGCUGAUCUCCGCUGUGGUUUUGGAAGCAUCCAUAGGUAUGGGUUGGGAUCCGAGUUUCCCUCCGUCGGAUCACCCUGGUUCCUCCUUCUGGGUGGAACUUUCAGAGCUAUAGUGAAAGGUGGAUAGAACCACAAUGUGGAAAGAUUGGGUUCCAAAGCCAGAGCAGCUGCAAGGUCAGGUUGAAGAGCCACCGAGGCUAUCCUAGUGUCCCUCCAAGGGUAGUGUGUCUCUUGGUGGAUGCUCGUGGGUGCCUCACAUCUUAACCAGAAUGCCACAGCAGCCACUCCAUGAGGAGCCUCUGGUGGCGCCCCUGAGGGGGAAGAGCUUGUUUUCCUCUGCACAUGUACAGGAACAGAGGGACACGAGGGACGCUGGGAAGGGAAAAUGAGCCACAAGUGACAGAAUAAACUUCCUGUGCUUGCAACAUGAUGGACGCUAGCAGCUAAUGCCACAGACCACUGCAGUCCACUGUAGGGCUACUCUUUUUUAUUUUCAAAAUUGUUAUGUUUAUAUGUAUGCACACAUGUGUGCAGAUGCUCACAGAGGCCAAGAGGGGCAACAGACCCAUUGGAGCUUGAAUGACAGGCGUUUGUGAACUCCCUGAUGUGGUUGCUGGGAUACGAACUCUAAUCUGCUGUCAGUGUUAACCAUUUCUCCAGCCCCUUAAGUCAUUAAGGUUCAUAGGUAGAUGGAACCCACAGAAACUGCUGUGGUUGGUAUCCCCACUCUGGAUGGGGAGAAUGGGGCAGCAAAAGGUCAAAAGAACUUGAACUCCCUGGUGCUCAGAGCAGAUGAGAGGUAGGGUAGCCCUACCCUGCCUGCAGUUACUGGACUCCUUCUACCUCUUCUUCCAACCUUCCUUCUGAGGAAGAGGGAGGGAGAGGCAUCACUGUAGGAGGAGGGUGUGGUGGAGCCUAGGUGGCCGCAAGUGUUCCCCGGCUUCCCAGAUGGGGCCUGUGAUUAGGAAGGACGACCACCCUCGUUGACGGUCAUUUACCCAAUUAUGCUUUGUGGGAUAUUCAACCCAAGGAACGUGCUGCCCCUGGCGGAGCGUAAGAGGAAGCCUAAGUUCUCCAAGGAGGAGCUGGACAUUCUGGUCACAGAGGUGACCCAUCACGAGGCAGUUCUCUUUGGGAGAGAGACCAUGCGACUGUCCCAUGCCGACAGGGACAAGAUUUGGGAAGGCAUAGCUCGGAAAGUCACCUCCGUCAGCCAGGUCCCCCGCUCCAUCAAGGACAUUAAGCACAGAUGGGAUGACAUGAAACGCAGGACCAAGGACAAGCUGGCCUUCAUGCAGCAGUCGCUGUCGGGCCCAGGGAUCGGGGGCCACACCCAUCCCCUCAUGCUCACUGCCCACGAGAGGGCCAUCAAGUCAGCACUGCUCACUGCCCAGGCUGGCACAGCUUCCCCAGGGCAGCACUGGAUGGUAUCGACAGCCCCUCUACCAGCUACGAUGAAGAUGAGGAGGCUCCUGGGCCCUCCCGGCAGCCUCUUCGGAUGCCCCCACUACAUCCUCCAGAAGAAGAGGCCCACCUGGCCAGGCCCCCGCUGCUCUGUUCAUCUUCUUCCUCAAACCAGACCCAGCUGUUGGGACCUAAGCCAGAGGUCCUGCCCCAUCCCUCGCCCCAGGCCCAGGCCUGCAGGACCCCAGAGCCUCAUCCCAGCUCACCCACCAUGGGCCUGGACUGGCAUCUCCUCCAUGCCCAUGCCCACCAGACUGAAAUGUUCCAGCAGUUCUGCCAGGAGCUGGUGACUGUGCACCAGGACAUGGCCGACAGCAUGCGGGUCAUGAGCCAGGCUAUGGCUGAGCUGAACAGCCGCGUUGGUCAGAUGUGUCAGACG